AUGUACCAUCUCAUCACCGGCUUGUACGCCGAAUGGACCAAGAAGGAGCGAUUCAACGUGCUCGUCGUUGGCCCUUCCGGCGUCGGAAAGUCAUGUCUGCUCGAAAAGAUCAAGAGCCUCUAUUUAAAGCGGCCUGCUCUGCCACCAAACAGGAUCGCCCCGACAGUCGGGCAGAAUGUCCUCGAGCUGCCCCUCGACAAGAUGACCAUGCACUUUUGGGAUCUCGGCGGAUCCCCCUCGGUACGCAGACUCUGGACCAAGUACUACGACGAGUCGGAUGCUGUCGUCUGGGUCGUCGAUGCCGGCCACUUCCUCGCGCUUCACUCGCAGAGUCAACAGCAACGAUCAGGAGACGUCAAGGGCAAAGGCAAAGCUACAGAACCCGAUGUGGGCACCGAAGCAUAUGAAGCGAGGGAACUGUCUUGGAAGCUUCUCUCCGAGCUGUUGAAGAACCCGAGUCUCGAAGGAUGUCCCAUCCUAAUCGUGGCGAACAAAGCCAACGAGAACCAGUCCACCUCCACUGAUCUUGCCAGCACCGUCAAGCAGUGGUUUGCCGAGAAGCUCGCUCGUAUCGAUGAUGAUCCAGACGAAGCCGCAUCAGCGCAGGCACCUGCACAAACCAGCAACGUCUUUGCCGACAACGAGGAAGAGUCAUAUCGCUCGCCGACACGGAGCCACAGGAACUACGAAUGGGGCGUGAUUCUCACCAGCGCUCUCGAAGGCACCGGAGUGUACGAUGCAGUUGAUUGGCUGCAGAUCCGGGCCCAAGGGCUGAAACAUGGACGGUCAAGAUGA